AUUAAGAGAACAUAUUCUAGAAUGAACGGGCAAGAAAUGGAAUUUAGAGAAGAUCCUAAUGAAACACAACAGCAAGAGCAACAGCCAAUGGAACAGGAAAGAAAAUAUCACAAUGGAGGCGGUGGAGGAGGCCCUUCUGGAUUUUUCGCAUUUGGAGGAAGUAGUAAGAGCUCCUCUACUGUCUGCAAGCCUGAUCCAAAUAAUCCAGGGCACCAAAUUUGUAAGCAUAUUACGAAGACAACAAAAAUUGAUCCUACUACUGGUCAGAGGAUUACUACAACUGAUGAGAGUGAAGAUACUAAGCCAAUGAGAGGCUUUGGGGGCACUUUCUUUGGGGGAGGAAAUUCGAUUCCUUAUGAAAAUGAUAAUUAUGAUGAGACACCUGGAAUUUGGGGACGAGUAAAAGGAUGGCUAGGCUCAGAGGAAAAUGAACCUCCAGCUCAUGAACCCUCACAGCCUCAUCAUGUAGCGACUAACAAUUAUUCAAGAAAUGAUUUCCCAAUUAAUAGUCCGAGAGAUGAGUUUGGGAUUUUCAAUCCAUUCUCGAUGAUGAGAGAAUUUGAGAGAAUGAUAUCAGAAGAUUUAGGAUUUGAGGAUGGUAGAGGAGGAUAUCAUGGACAUCAUGAGCAUAGAGAUCCAUUCAUGGGGGAUCCUUUUAUGAGAAGUCCUUUCCAUCAUCCUCACUCAAAUUUUGAGCAAAGAGGACCUCAAAGCCAUUUUGCAAGAGAUGGAUUUGAUGAUUUCUUUGGCUUCCAUGCUCCGACUAAUUCUUCUCAAUACACUGACCAGCCUAGACCUAGUUAUUCUUCUAGCUCUCAACCCCCUCAGGCUCCUCAACAGGAACAAAGCCCACCUAGAUCUGCAGCAUCAAGAGCGAAUGCUAAAAUUUAUGAUGUAUAAUAUCAAUUUAGUCAAUAAUUCAAUACUAGCCA